AUGUGCAGCAUUUUCUCAGGUUCCCGAUUUGUACUAAAAUUUGGGUGGAACUCAAAGUCAAAAUAUAAUUUGAGGAGAUUUCGUGUGUCUGCAAUGGAAGCAGCAGCGGUAGAUAGGGUUUCUAAUGGUGGUGGCGGAGUAGUUCGCUUCCCGCUAUCUGCAUCGAGCGCUUUGGUUAUUCAGAAAGGAGACAUCACCAAAUGGUCCAUCAAUGGUUCUACUGACGCAAUAGUUAAUCCAGCCAAUGAGAGAAUGCUCGGUGGUGGUGGUGCCGACGGAGCUAUACAUAGGGCAGCAGGCCCACAACUUGUUGAAGCAUGCCGCACCGUACCUGAAGUUAGGCCUGGAGUUCGGUGCCCAACAGGGGAAGCAAGGAUCACACUUGGUUUUAUGCUGCCUGCUUCUCAUGUUAUUCACACUGUUGGCCCAAUCUACACAGCUGUUGGUAAUCCUGCUGCCUCUCUAGCAAGUGCUUACAGAAAUACUUUGAGGGUUGCGAAGGAAAACAACAUUCGGUAUAUAGCAUUCCCAGCAAUAUCAUGUGGUGUUUAUGGAUACCCUUAUGAUGAAGCUGCUACAGUAGCAAUUUCUACCAUCAAAGAGUUUCCAAAUGACUUUAAGGAGGUACACUUUGUUCUGUUCUCCCCUGAUAUUUAUGACAUUUGGUUAAAUAAGGUAGAUGAGUUGCUGAAAGAUUAG